UUGAGCGGCGGCCGACACGUAUGUGUUGCCGGCCGACGACAACGACGGCCACCGAUGACUGACCAUCAACUGUCGGCCGCCGUCGCAUCCGCAAGACGUUCGCUGUCCGUAUCGGCCGUCCAGUGGUCAUCAGUCGGCAACGAUAACUAUUCGCCGUUCGACACAAUGGACGGUCUGGUCUAUCGGUUGCGGCGAUGGUUCGGCUAUACAACUAUACCGCGCUAUCGACUGCAUCCGACAUCCGUCUACUUAUACGAGGCCUGCAGUGACGGUAUACCUAUUGAAAAGUUUUUCGCCGAACUUCGGCUAACCGACACGUAUUUGUCGUGGUUUUUGGUCACCCAAUUGCACGUCUGGAUGUGUUUGGUUCGGUGUAUGUCCGCCGGUCAAGAGGGUCGGGUGUUGCGCAACGAAGUGGUCGCGCGUAUGUGGGAUGACUGUCAGUCCCGAUUGAAAUUGUUGGCACCGAUGACCAGCAAAGUACGGCGCCAGUCAAUGGAUCAGCUGUUGCAACAGUUUCAGGCUAUGAUCGUAGCCUACGAUGAGGGUCUACUAACUGAUGAUAAAACAUUGUGUGCCGCACUUUGGCGAACCCUAUUUAUAUAUGAAUCAAUUGAUCCCAAACACCUUGAAUUGAUGGUCAAUUAUAUUAGGACCCAGCUAGAUCAUUUACAUACAAUUGAAACUGAAAAGUUUCUAUUAAAUGGCAAAUUUGUUUGGAAACCAUUUCCCCCAUUAUAUCCAUAA